GAUUCUGAAAUGAAAGUAUUUCUUGUUUUAGCAGCAGUGCUAGCCGCAGCAUGUGCGCUGCCCGUUGAUGAGCGCAUUAACGGCGAGAACGGUUGGUACAUACCAAAGAUCGAUGGCUCCAGCUAUUGGGUGGAUCUGGCGGAGGGCGAGCAAAUGCUGGCCAAUGGCGCUGCCAUGGAGGGACGCAUGAGCAUGAACGCUGUGUCUUUCUAUCUGUACACCAAAUCGAAUCCCACGGAGGGCAAGGAGCUGAAGGCCAAGGAUGCUUCCAUCUCUGGCUCUCACUUCAAUAGAGCUCAUCCCACACGCUUUGUCAUCCACGGCUGGACUCAGAGCCACAGCGAUCCCAUGAACAGGGAAAUCACCAAGGCCUGGCUGUCUCGCGGUGACUUCAACAUCAUCAUUGUCGACUGGUCUCGUGCUCGUUCCAUUGACUACGCCUCCUCUGUGGUGGCCGUGCCCGGAGCAGGCGCCAAGGUUGGUGAAAUGAUCAAGUUUUUGAAUGAGAGACACGGCAUGUCCCUGGACACAUUGUACGUCAUUGGUCACAGCUUGGGCGCUCACGUUUCCGGCUACGCAGCCAAGACUGUUGGCGAGGGCAGAAUCCACACCGUCAUAGGAUUGGACCCUGCUCUUCCUCUGUUCAGCUAUGACAAGCCCAACAAGCGUUUGAACUCCAACGAUGGUCACUACGUGGAGUCCAUCCAGACUAACGGCGGUAAGCUUGGUUUCCUUAAGCCAAUUGGCAAGGGCGCCUUCUACCCCAACGGCGGCAAGAAGCAACCUGGCUGCGGUGUUGAUGCCACCGGUGGCUGCUCCCACAGCCGCUCCGUGACCUACUACGCCGAGGCUGUGACCAAGGAUGACUUUGGCACUAUGCGUUGCAGCGACUACGAGAAGGCUGUGGCCAAGGAGUGCGGCCACACCUACAGCAGCGUGCGCAUGGGCGCUGACUCCAAUGCCUACAUGGUCGAUGGCGAGUACUAUGUUCCCGUGAACAGCAAGGAGCCAUUCGGCAAGAUUCACUAAGCAGCAAAUAAAUGCGUUUUAAUUGAAA